AUGUUGGGCAGCGUUCUCAUCCCCCCUAAGCCCGCGGGCCUAAGGAGGAAUACUACUUAUACGCCCACUGCGGCGCCGCCCCUUCCCCCGCGCCCAAACUCCUUCACGACCACGCCUGCCGCCAAAACUGCUGUUCUGCAGAAGACCCAAGGUGUCCAGGUCAAGACCGUCACCCUGUCCGGUGCUACCAUGGACUCGCGAUACACCCGCCCCUCGUCACCGCGGGCACGGUACGCCAACCCCGCCAGAUCGUCGACAGGCACCUUUGCAGACCCCUACUAUGAUGCUUCCUACUAUGGCCGCCCCAGUUCGCCGCGCUCCAGUCUUAACCACCUCGGCACAACCGCCCAUCACUCGCCGUCGUCGUCUUACUACAUGCCCACCACAGCCGCCUCCUCGCGCGCAGCAAGCAGCCUCAAGUAUGACUCGUCAUACACCACAGCAGCACGCCCCCGCCGCAACACCGGUGACAUUACGAGGCCCAACGUGAGCACCAGCGCCCUCCCCCAGACGUCGCUGCCACACCGAUCCGCCGCCCCGUACUCGCCGCACACUCAUACCCACACCCACACCCACGCCGAGCGCCCACGCAGCCCGCUAGCACCGACCUAUGGCAAGUUGGACAACACAUACAUCACCCCAAACAUUUCUCGGACCCAUAAAAAGGUCUACAGCGUGGACGAUGCAAGCCACUUGACCAAACUUGUGGCUGAGGUUGACCCUGCGCGCCAUCGGGAACAUGCAGACCGCGGUUACACUGUCACGAGCGGCGGCCGCAGCUACCACGACACAAAGCCGAAGCCGCGCAUCUCCGAUGUCAGUAACGAGGGCUAUUCUUACACCGAUCCUGCGAGCAUGUACCGUGACACUGAGCCAGCCUGGCGGAGACCACGUGCUGGUAGUCUGGAACGAAGCGCGCGUCCUUCUAGUAUGAUUGCGGACCGCCAGGCCAGGACCUCUACCCGCGAAUCCGGUCCUCCUCCGUCGACUCGUGGGUUUGACAAGAUCAACGGUGUUCCCCGGUCACAUGGCAGGUCGAGCUCCAUCGAGCGAGCACGCGACGUUCCCAAGUACGACCUUUACUCUUCAGACCCCGGCAUCGGACGGUCCUCUUCCACUCGCGGUCACACACAGGCUGCGACGGUUCACCAGGAGCCUCGUCGAGACACAUACCGGGACGAGUACACACGCCGAGACCGAGACGUUGAAAACAAGAGGCACAGCACUGCUUUCGAAGACCGCGAUGUCACUUCACGAGGGUUUGGCAUAGCGCCCGGUCUCGGAGCCUCCACCCUCGCCCAUGAUCACCACGCCCUGGACCGACAGCCACUCUACCCCGCCGCAGAGCCUGCUCGAGCCAGACCCCAGGAAACCAGCCAGUAUUAUCAACCCGAGCGUGCUGAAGUACGCAUGCCCGACCCCCGUCCUGUCCGUGAACGCGAUGUUGUACCAUCUCAAGACUACGACAGGCGGACUCGUGAGCGCGAGAAUGGCCGACAUGAGCCCAACGGGUUCCUUCCUACUGCUGCCGGCGCAGCAACGGGUGUUGCAGCGACUCUGGCAGCCGCCAACUACCUCAAAAACCGUGACAAGGAGCGAAACAGCGACCGCGAGCGGAACAGUGACCGGGACUCCUCGGCCGAACGAGAGCGAGAACGCCGAAAGGCACAAGAUGAACGUGACAGGCAGGAUCGCCCUGAUGAGCGCCGCGAGAGAAAACCCGAGGGCCGUCGCAACUCCAUCGCGCCAGCCCCACCGCCACCUGUCGCACCACCUGUGGCUCCUGCUGCGAUUGCUGCUCCCGAUUACCCACCCAUUCUAGAACCAGAACGUAAGCAUCGCGACCGACGAUACGAAGAGGAAGAGAGGGAGCGAUCCUCGCGCAAGCCCCCGCCACCAUUGUCCGAAGGCAGUGGCGAUGAACGACCACGGCAUUACGUUGAUCGGGAUACUGAACGUCGGAGAGACGUCGCGCCAAAAGAGGCGGCCUUGGACCCUGAUGAGGAAUACCGUCGACGCAUUCAGCAGGAAGCCGAGCGAGCUAGCCGCAGCACUCGCGAUCGAGAAAGCGAUUCGGAGCGUGAGAAGGAUCGUAGGCGCCGCAAGGACGAGCGCUCCAGAUCCCGGGGCCCUGAAGAACGCUCACGUGCAUCUCCGCCCAGGGAUGCGCCCAGCUCCAGGUACGACGAGCGUUCUUCGUCCGUACAUGACGGCGGCAUGGUUCAAGAGCCAGAGUCUCUCGAUAGGUCGACAGAAUCUGCUGGGAAGAGCGUACAGAUUGUAGAGCCCCCUAAGGAACCGGUUGCACCUGUCAAGGGUAUCCUUCGCAAGCCGACCGAAAAGUUUCCAGAGGACCCCGAGCCCAUCCGCGAAGGCGUUGCACCCCACAAGGAUGCGCUCAAAGGAAAGGAUAUCCCUGUCGGCGCUCGCUGGACCAGGAUUGACCGUCGCCUGGUCAACCCCGAAGCUCUAGAGCAGGCCAAGGAGCGCUUCGAAGAGCGCAUGGACUGCGUAAUUGUGCUCCGUGUUUUGACCAAGGAAGAGAUCCAGAAGCUCGCCGAUCGUACCAAGAAGAUCCGCGAGAGCAGAGAGGAAGACUAUGAGCACGAGCGUCGCGACCGAGGUGACCGUGACAAGCGCAGCCACAGGUCCAGGGAUGACAGAGAUGAUGAGGACCGGGACCGUCGACGCCGCUACGACGAUGAGAGCGACUACGACGACCGCGAACGUGACCGACCCAAAAAGCUCGAGAUUGAGGCCGCAAGGUGAUUACUGUAAUGUGUCUUACACAUGGCAGGACACCUAGUAGUUAUCAUAGUUGGAUUUCUCAGCAUUCGCUUACGUCUCAUCAAAAAGUAGAGGGUCGCAGUUUCGGGAAGAGUACCGCGAGUCGAGAAAGAAGAAAAGUCGAGAUACAUCACCGUGCGAACAGCGCACAUCAAAACGGAAACGCCUAUCCAGGCAUGAGGUGGACGGUACAGUUCAAGAUCGCUCUUGGUCGGACCGCAAGCGUAGUUGUAGUACUCCAGCGCACAGAUUUCUCCCAUGUGGCUCUUCGGCGCAAGAUCUUGUUUGGGGCGACCGUAGAAAGAAAAGUCGCAUCAGCAGGGUACUGGAUUGGCUAUGAAAGUACAGGGCGAUGACAAUCUUGGGUACGGCGGCGUCUUAGGGGUAGAGGUUUGAUUUUCGAUUAGAUCACGAUCGAAUGCGAGGGAGGCAUCAUUGUACAUUAUUCAGGACCUUUGUUGAAAUCAAAACAUUCUUAUACCACCA